CGGCGUGCGGAGUCUGGCGGGAAAAUGGGGCGGGAGGUCUGACCCUCCCGGAAGGGGCGGAGCCGUGAGGGGCGUGGCCUAAAGAGCUCAGGGCCCGGGCUGGCAGGGAAGUCCCGGCUUGGGAGCACCGAGACUCCAGGCCCUGCCCCCUGAGCUCUGCCCUCGGAUGUCCGACCGCCCAGAGCCUGCAUGCGCCGAGGGGCGCCCCAGGACCAGGAGCUGGUGGGUCCGGGGGCCCCUGGGCGGGGGUCCCGGGGCGCCCCUCCUCCCUCGGGACCUGUGGUCCCGGUGCUCGUCUUUCCACCGGAUCUAGUAUUCAGAGCGGACCAAAGGAGCGGACCCCGACAGCUGCUGACCCUCUACAACCCCACGGGAACUGCGCUCCGCUUCCGAGUUCUGUGCACAGCACCUGCCAAAUAUACGGUGUUUGACGCAGAAGGGUUCGUAAAGCCUCAGUCCUGCAUUGACAUUGUGAUUCGCCAUGUGGCCCCCAUUCCCAGCCACUAUGAUGUCCUGGAUCGCUUCCGCAUUGAGCUGUCCGAGGAAGGGGCUGAGGGCCGAGUGGUGGGACGGAAGGACAUCACCUCCAUACUGAGGGCCCCAGCGUACCCUCUAGAGCUUCAGGGACAGCCUGAGCCAGCACCCCACCCAGGACCACCUGCCUGGACAGCACCACUUCCGGCCAGACAGUUACAAGACAACUCCCACCAGCAACUGGCCACCAGCUCCUUCCUGCUCUUCUUGCUGACGGGCAUCGUCUCUGUGGCCUUCCUGCUGCUUCCGCUCCAGGAUGAACUGGGCAGCCAGCUGCCACAAGUCCUCCAUGUCUCCUUGGGACAGAAAUUAGUGGCAGCCUAUGUGUUAGGCCUCCUCACCAUGGUGUUCCUCCGGACCUGAACUCCCUGCUCAGCCCCAGCCCAUCUCUCCUCCCCAGGCAGGGACCUGAGGUGGCCACUGUGACACUCGCUCAUACCUUGCCUCGACUUUCUUCUACUUCCUGACCACCCUCAGCUCCUCAGCUUCCCUGCACCUCCCCCCCCCCCCCCAAGAAAAACAACCAGGGAUUUGUACUCAUUUUCCAAGUUGAAUAAAAUACAUUUUUAAAAUCAAAAUGA